AGCUGCAGUUGAGUGUUAUCAAGAACCUAAUCGAAGUCAACUCUGCAAGAUAAGAAAUGAAACUUUGUUGAAAACAGAUCCGCAGUAGUGCAACCAGAUUUGUCGGCCGAUUCCCCAACUAGCCUGAGCACGAGCACGUUCGACUCCUUACACUCCAGACACAAAAAUCAGGCUAUCAAGAUGAGUGGAGGAGAAGAGUCAAUCAACGAUUCGAAUUCAGAAUUGGAAAUUUCGAACGGAAAUCGCCGACAACUGGAAGUAGGGGAAGACGCAGAGCCCAAACCAAAAAGACCGCGCUGUGAAAACAACCAGAAAAAUGAAAAUAACGAUUUUCCAGCAGCAACUUCUUAUGGAAUGAAAAAAUGGCACCUGAAGACAGCUAUAGUGACUGGAGCCAGCUCCGGAAUAGGGGCCGCCAUUUCCAAGAAGCUCGUCAGUGCGGGCAUGAACGUGGUGGGGAUAGCUCGCAGAGAAUCAGCAUUGCAGAAAAUCAAACGAAAUAUGGAAGAUGAAGGACUGACGAAUGGUGAUGCGAAGUUCAUUCCGCUGACCGGAGACCUGACUGACCAUGAAGUGAUUGAUAAGCACCUCGAAUGGAUAGAUAACAACCUCAACGGGAUUCAUGUCUUAGUGAAUAACGCCGGCAUUAUGCAAAUAUCAAAGCUGAUGGACACUGAAGAAGAGUACUGGAAUAGGGUCUUCCAAACCAACGUUCUGGCAGUUGCAAGGAUGACCAAACAGGUUUUGAAAAUCAUGAAGAAAAAUCAUUUUGAUUAUGGUCACAUAAUCAACAUCAGUAGUGUGGCUGGAAACAACAACUCAUACCCUAUACCGGGGAUGGUGCCUUAUUUUAUUUCAAAAAAAGCAGUGGCAACGAUAUCAGAGGGAUUCAGAGCAGAACUGUCAGAUGCGCAGUCACUGGUCAAAAUCACUACAAUAAGUCCGGGCCUGGUUAGAACGGGAAUAAUCGAGAACUCCGGACUUUCGAAAAUAAUUCCGGAUGACGCGCCAGCUUUGGAUCGAUCCGAUGUGGCUGAAGCAGUACAUUUUGUUCUCUCAACGCCUCGAAAUGUUGUGAUCAGUGAGCUGACCAUCCAGGCCAUAACGGAGAGCAUACACAUCCGGCUGAUGAAUCCAAAAAAACCUCACUCCGCUCUUCCAUCAUCCGUACCAAUGGAAGAAGACGAGAAUGGAGGAAACGGAACUACCGAAGAUAAAAAUGGAGGAAACGGAAAUAAUGAUGAUAAUGCUGACUAAAGAAGAAUCAUCUCUCAGCUCCUGAACGACAAUGGAAUGGAAAAUUCCUAUUCUGGUGAAACUCGUUAUUGGAAACCUUAUAAUUAGAUAUUUGAAUUUUAUCUUUUUGAAUUUUGUAAUUUAGGUUUAAUUUUAAUCGUAGAAUUAUUAUUUAUGUUUUCAGCCGAGAUUUACAAUGAGGAACAAUGUCUUUUGUAUUAGUUUGUAGGUGAUUAUUGUAUGAUGAUUCCAUCCAACAAUCGCAUUAGUUCUAAGUUUAGCUCUUUUAAUUGAAGUUAUAGAUUGAUUAGAUAAUUAAGGGCCUCAUACACUAGGGAACUUGGAUCGGCGAACUUGGUUCUUGCGAACCAAGUUCCGCAGUGCAGUGUAUGUGGAAAAUUGACGAACCGCGAACCAAAUUCCUGACGAAUUUGGUCUUCAAUCUGUAUUAAAAACUUUGUUCGGUUCAUCAGCCAGGGCGAUAUAUUCUAUCUAUAUAUGUAUUCAAUAUAUUUUCUUCCCACAGCAGCUGCAGUUCUGCUAGCAGCACCGCAUCGGACCACGCCGGCGCCCCCUCCAACGGCGUCGCUCGGGGGGGACACGCUGACGCGCCUGUGCAGUAGAGGGGGGGCUCGAGUUGCCAUUGGUCAGUGGGGUGCUUGGCUUGCUGCUAGAGUCAUAGCCCUCUCCCGUCACUGGAUUUCCGUCGUUCGUCUUUUUAGCAGAAGCGACGCCGUUGGAGGGGGCGUCGGCGUGGUCCGAUGUGGUGCUGCUAGCAGAACUGCUGCUGUUGCUGCUAGUGAUGCUGCUGCUGGUGCUCGAGCCCAAAAACAGCUGACUCGUCUGCUGCUUGGCGCGCGCCACGCGGCGUACUUCCGAAGCUGACUCCAAUACCGUGAGAAAAUCACAACGUUAAUCCAGCACUCUAAUAAAAUUUUAUCUUGGAAAAGUUAUAAUUUCGAAAAAAUAAAUAAAUUUUGGCACAAAGUUGGCAGAUCCAAGUUCCCUAGUGUAUGAUAAUUAGCUCUGAAUUCUUUGAAUGAAAUAUUAGUAAAUAAACAUUUUUACAAGUAUUGAUCAACAUGGCUUCUAUAUUGUAUUCCAUGUUUUAUACAUUUAGGUAUUUCUAGGUUUAUAAGUAAUAAAUUUAAGAUUUUUAAAUUUAGGUUUUGCUCAAAUUUCUGUAGGAUCAUGAAGUAUACUCGAACAUCAAUAAGUUUUGAAUCUUACAUAAAUUUAUACUGAAGUCGCUUCUUUGUCUUUUUUAUCAAGAGUCAAGUCUCCUUUACAAGACUGAUCUCUUUCAAUCUAUCAAAAUAAUUAUUCCCCUUGCAAGCGGGUUUUCCAAUAUUCAUGAACAUUCAACUUUGAUAGUAAAUUCUGUUACAAAACAGUAAGAAAUCUCAGAUUAAGAUAUUAUUAAAUUCCAUUAGUUGAGGAGAUCUAUAUUUGUUGAACAAUAGUGUUUUAUCAAAACUUCAAUGGUCAUGAUCUGAAUUAGGCCUAGGCCUACAUCACAAAAUUAAUAGGAACUCAGGGUCUCCAAAAAAAGAACUUCCAUAUUAGAAAUGCUCUGUGUCUUCCUUGGAGGGAAUAGUAAAUUUUUGUUUGAAAAUGUUACUGGUUAAGGAAAUUCGCGAAUAUAACCACUCGUGAAGUACAAUACAGAUUUGUGGAUUGUAUUGAAUGAGAGAAACCAUAGCUUAAUAAUAGAGAAAAUCCAUCUCUUUUCUUUGAGUAAUACAUUUGAGUAAGACUACUAAUGAAAUAUUAAACAUUAGGCCCACAGUAUCAUAAUAACUGUGCAGUUUAUUUUGUAUAUUAUGAAAAAGUGAUUUGGUAUUUAUUCUGAACUUUGACGAAUACAUUUUACGAGUUUUUGUUUUAAGUGUAUUGUUUUUAAUCGCAUUGAUUAUAAGGCCUCAUCGCUGAAUAAUAUGCUAAUUGUAGCCAAAAUUAAUUGUUCAAAUAUAUGUUUUAGCAAGUUUAUGCUACUGAAAUUACAAUGAGAAUCAGUGAAUGUUUGUCAAGGGAAAUAUUGUAUGAAAUUAUGUAAGAUAUGUAAUUGAGUUACACAUUUGUGUUAUUAUCGAUGUGUGUCCCCUAAGUGUGUGUUUUAAUGUGAAUAAAGUGAAAUUUACUGUUACUUGUGUUCGAAAAA